AUGAUGGACUUUCUUCACUCCUACGAUUGCCCUGUCACCGAGCAAACACUGCACACUGUUGCCAUCAAGUUUUGGUAUCAGCAGCCCGUCAAGAAGCUGGCUUCGUUGGCAGUGUUCCCGCCCGAGGCGACUUAUCGGGGAGUGCAUGACAUGAUAGCCGACAGGGAAUGGUCUCCGCAAAAGUGGCAUCGCGAACUUGCGUAUUGUCUCCCAUUGACAAGUCUGGGCAACACGCACAGCAAGCAAGUUCAGGACAGAUACGGAAGUAUUUUGCAGCGGAGGAUUUUUCAUGGUGGUGGACCCUUCAUGCUUGAACAUUCAGAUUGUUUAGUUCCAAGCAUGCUAACGAGACUUGGAUUUCUGGAUUCAGGGCUCAACAGUGACAUACGGGAGGCAAUGUUCCUUUUCAUGAAUGGCAGCCACAACAAGAGCAACUUGAGGAGAGUAGGGUUGCUAGACAAAGCAACUCUCCCGGUCUCAGAAGCUUCAGCUCUGCUUCAUAGUGCAUUCUUGUCAAAUAGAACCUGCGGAUGGCAGCGAGCACCUGCAGACGACAUGGCCCGGAAGGUUCUUGUCAAAGUUCUCCGCUGGCACCCGGAUAAAUGGAGCCCGGCUGUGCAGCGCUUCCCUCUCGCAGAGCAGCCGGUGCUCCUCAGCCGUGUGAAAGAUGUGACCCAGAGGAUCCUCGAGGAGAAGCGGCGGUUCUGCCGCGAUGCGCUGCGCUUCUCUGAGCUGUGGGAAGUCUUCAAGUCAAAAACGUACGUUCAGAACUUCAAGCAGGCUCUCUUCCUGGAAGUGUCACCUUUGAAGAUCAAACUUUUGCACUGGCAGCUGGUUUUUUCAGUCCUCGACUUCGAGGACAAACAUGGCUUUGGCGGCUUGGGGUCGGAGGAAUACCAUGCGCUGACGAACGGAAUUUUCAACCAGCACCGGGGUACAAUGCUGGAUGUAGCCAAAGGAGUGUUCGAGUUCAACGAGGAUUUGAACAAGCUCUUCGGCCCUGACCUAGAGUUGGCCGAGUUGCGUCAUCUCGAUCUCAUUCAGGACAUCGAGCGCUCUCUCGACGAGUUCUUCACCAACCGCCUCACCUUGCGGUUGAUGAUCUCCCACGUCCAGGCACUGAAUGCCAACAAGACCGUCAACAGCGACGGCGAGGCCAUGGUGGGUGUGGUCAACGUCAGCACUCAUCCCAUCACCAUCCUUUCGCGCGCGUACGUCGCCACACGCUUCAUGUGCAUGCGAGACUUCCAGAUGGCUCCGGAUUUGCUUGUGAACGGGACGAUGCAUGACGAAUACGUCCUGCGCCAGGAUGUUCAGCAGCAGCACUUUGCCUAUGUGCACACGCACCUUUUUUAUAUCUUCCUGGAGCUCGUGAAGAACGCUGCGCGGGCCUCCAUCGAGCGUGUGCAGACAUCGGCAGGCAGGAAUGGUGGAAGAGCAGAAAUCCCGUCCAUGAACGUCACAGUGCCCGAGGAGGUCGGCAUUUGGGAUCACGAGCGGUCGGUGAAGCUAGCUGACCGGGGUACAGGCAUGAACCGCAGCGUGCUGGGAAAGGCUUUUUCCUACUUCUACUCCUCCGUGAAAGCACGACCUACAGUCGCGGCGGAGGUGAGCGACUUUGACCGACGCAUGCCCUUAGCCGGCUUCGGUUUCGGUCUUCCGAUCAGUCGUGUGAUGGCCCGAUAUUUCGCCGGGGACGUGGAUGUGAACUCGAUACCUGGCCAGGGGACUGACGUCUACAUCUACCUUUGA